UUGAGAUAGAGACAUCAAGAGAGAUUGAAAGAGACAUCCUUUGACAGAGAGACAUUAAAAGAGAGACCCUGGCAGAUAGCUAAAGAGACAGAGCAAGAGAUACAGACAUCCUAAUACACAGAAAGCAACAUCAGUGACAUAGAGGGAGAGAAGAAACACACAGAGCUAUCCAGAGACAGUAAGAGAGACAUUCUAUGGGAGAGACUGGUUAUAGAGACGGUUAAAAGGACAGACAGGUAAGUGACAAUCUCAGAGAACAGAGAUAGGUGGGUUUGGGGAGAGAUAGAGGUAACAGCCAGCUUCAGAAGGGGCAGGAGAGACACGUGAGACAGACAAGUUAGGAGGAGAGACACAGGAGACAGACUCAGGUGGGACAGACAAGUUAGGAGGAGAGACACAGGAGACAGGCUCAGGUGGGACAGACAAGUUAGGAGGAGAGACACAGGAGACAGGCUCAGGUGGGACAGACAAGUUAGGAGGAGAGACACAGGAGACAGGCUCAGGUGGGACAGACAAGUUAGGAGGAGAGACACAGGAGACAGGCUCAGGUAGGUUAGGAGUAGAGAGACAGACAGGAGGCAGCAGAGACGGGAUCAGAGAAGAGGUAUGUGAGGGUUCUGGGGAGACUUGCAGACAUUUCAUUUUUGAUGGGAACAUAUCGUAGCCGGAUCUGAUCAAAUCUCUCGGAAAAGAGACCGUCUGAGGACGACUUGGGGAACAUCAUGCCAGGGACAGAUAAACCCAUAAAAGAGGGACAGCUUCAUGUCAAACAGAACAAGUUUGGAAAGAAAUGGAAGCGGUGUUAUGUUCUCCUGUACCCUGACUCUCCGUUUGGGGUGGCACGUUUGGAAUUCUAUGAUUGGAAGGACGGUACUGUCGCCGGCGAGAAGUUCCUCAACCGCCGUGCUGCUGAUCGGAAAAUUGUUCGUCUGGCCGAAUGUGUCUGUGUCGCACCAGCUCCAUCAGAGAAUGGCCACAAAGAAAACAUGACUGCAUUCACACUGGAAACCAAUGACAAAACCAUCCUCUUAUCCACAGAGCGCUUAUUCUCCAAUGAGUGGAUCCAGAAGCUUAGUGAGGUUGCCUUUCCGAAUAAUCUCAAUGGUUGUAAAUCCAACCAAGAAAAGAAAUCUGAGGACAUGGUGGAUGUUCCGUUAGAGAUGGCUGUCAACAGUAUUUAUGUCUCGCGAGAGGAAGUGUGCGAGUUCCUGGUCACUGUGCAAAGGACUGAAGCUGCCGAGCGUUGUUCGCUGAGAGGUUCCUAUAUCUUACGAGCCGAGGUCGAUUGUCUGAUACUAAUAGACCCAAACACAAAACAAUCUCUGUACUCGUGGCCCUAUAAACUACUGCGCAGAUAUGGGAGAGAUAAGGUUAUGUUCUCAUUUGAAGCAGGUAGACGUUGUUCAUCUGGUCCAGGCAACUUUACUUUUGAGACAUCUCAGGGUCAUGAGAUAUUUCAAAGAGUAGAAUCUUCCAUCCGUGCUCAGCAGGGAACAGAGAAUAGACUAAGCUGUUCAAUACUGGACACUGAUGUCUUUGCAGAAAACGCUUCCCAUGGGCUAGAAUCAACAAUGUCUGAGGUGCAGACAAAAAAUGUGAUAUCAAGGAAAGAGCCAGAGGAGAAGCCAGUCAAAGGUCGAACCCUUCCUAAUCCACCUAUGGCCAAAUCUGCUGCACCACAGCACCUUCUUGAACCUUCUGCUUUUGGAUCAAAACCUGUAGUCUCCAACACUCCCCCUCGCUCUCCUGUCUCUAAAUCUGCUAGUCACCACUCGGGUGGAGACACAGAUGACUUGGUGGGAGUGUAUUCUGAACCUAAGGAUUCUGUGAGAGGUGUAAAACCUGUAUUUGACCCUUUAUACUCAGAUCCUGUUGACAGUGUCAAAGGACAAAUUACAAACAGAGACAUGAGUGGGGUCUCCCCUCUUUACUCAGAUCUCUAUGAGCAGGUUGGGUAUGAGGUGGUAGGAGUGGUCUCGCCAAAACUACAAACUAAUUCCACCUUUCGUCCCACAUCUGAGGAGCACAUUUAUGAUGAGCCAGAAGGGAUUGCCCAAUCUUCUGAACCUCCACAGUUGUACUCGGAGGUACGAAUGGAAAAAGGUGCCUGGAUGAAACAGGCUAGUGAUGAAAAGCUUCGCUAUGAGUACCCCUAUAACCCAGUUACAGAUGAUUACUCCGUGCCAAAUAUCCAAGGACAGCGUGUUCAGCCACGAAAUAGAUCUGGUCCAAAACCAGUUCCUGCUCCCAAACCUCAAGGAGUGACCUUACUCAAAACUAUAGGAAAAGAACCUGAGACUGAUAAAACAUCCACACAGUCUCAUAGCAUCUCAUCCAACAGUAACAACAAUAACAGCAGCCACAUAGAACCUUUGUAUAGUCAGAUACAAAAACCAGGUGCAUCAUCAAAACUGCAAUCACCAGCAAAUCCACAGUGUACCACAUCCACACCUGGAACCCCAGUCUCUGUGCCACUACCGACAAAACCUCCAUCUCUUCCAGCCCUGCCACUUCCAAACAAAACUCUGCCUCACUCUGUCAAGGCUUCAGGGGUGCCAGGCCUGCCAAUCCCAUCAAAACCUCAUGUUCUGCCACCAGCUACACUUCCUACCAAACCAAUUCCGCUGUAUCCUCAACCUGUAACCCAGGCUAGCCAAUCCUUAGGAUGUCCUGAGAAAGAGCUGUGUGUAGAUGAAAAUCGCCAGACAUCCAUCUAUGAGGACAUGGGAGUUCUGUGAAAAAUAUAUAUUUACUGUUAUUGUUGAAAAUGAAAUGUGACAAUCGACACUUCUCAUAAACAAUGUCCAUCAGUAUGCAUUGCCCCCAUAUGAGUGAUUUUGUGACAGUGCCCCAGGGCGAGACUGUUCCCCUUGCUGUGUGACACUGCCCCCAGGAGAUACUGUUCCCCUUGUUGUGUGAUACUACCUCCAGGAGAUACUUUGCCCCUCAGUGUGUAAUAUUGGCUCCAGAAGUUACUGUGCCCCUUGCUGUGUGAUACUGCCUCCAGGAGAUACUUUGCCCCUCGCUGUGUAAUACUGCCUCCAGAAAUUACUGCGCUCUUGCUGUGUAAUACUGGCUCCAGAAGUUACUGUGCCCCUUGCUGUGUGAUACUGGCUCCAGAAGUUACUGUGCCCCUUGCUGUGUGAUACUGUCUCCAGGAGAUACUUUUCCCCUCGCUGUGUAAUACUGCCUCCAGAAGUUACUGUGCCCCUUGCUGUGUGAUACUGGCUCCAGAAGUUACUGUGCCCCUUGCUGUGUGAUACUGGCUCCAGAAGUUACUGUGCCCCUUGCUGUGUGAUACUGCCUCCAGAAAUUACUGCGCUCUUGCUGUGUGACACCAUCCCCAGAAGUUACUGUGCCCCUCACUGUGUAACACCACCCCCAGAAGUUACUGUGCCACUUGCUGUGUGAUACUGCCCACACAUACUGUGCCCUCGAUGUGUCUAUGUGACACUGCCCCAGGGAGAGAUUGUGCCUUUUACUGUAUGAAACCCAUAUCUAAUACAUCUCUGCAUACUACAACGUACCUGCAUUCCACCCUUGGUUUAAUUCUGCCAAGUUGUUGGUAAAGUUAUUUUGGUGUUAGUUUGCAGCUAUUUCUUGUGUCUUUCAAAAUCCGACCUACU